AUGUCGCUAAAACGUUAUCAACAGAUAAGAAUACACAUUCACUUUGUUAACAACGCAAAUCAGAACGACGAUCCUUACUUCAAAAUUAGGCCAGCUUUAGAAAUAGUGAGAAGAAAUUGUAUGAGUGUAGAAGAAGAGAAAAAACAGAGUAUUGAUGAAAUGAUGGUACCAUAUAAAGGGAAGAAGGCCGGGUCAAAGCGGCAAUAUAUAAAAUCUAAGCCCAAAAAGUCGGGCUUCAAAAUCUUUGUGAGAGCAGGUGUAUCUGGAUUAGUCUAUGAUUUUCUCAUCUAUGGAGGAGAAAAGACAUUCAGAGAAUAUCACCAGUUUACCAGCGAAGAGAAUACUUUAGGAUUAGGAGCGAAAGUUAUUCUUAGUCUAUGCAAAUCUAUGAAAGCCCCUAUCUGCUCGGCUGUGUAUUUUGACAACUUCUUUACGUCUUUGGAAUUGGUGCACAUACUGAGACAAAACUACGGAAUUUUAUCUCUCGGCACAAUAAGAUCCAAUCGGCUGGGGAUCUGUUCAUUAGAAAACGACAAAGCCUUGGCGAAAAGAGGUCGAGGGUCAUUUUGCUUCAAAAAUGAUAACGUCAACAAAAUCAGUUGCGUUAAAUGGUUUGACAAUAAGGCAGUCAUUCUUGUGAGCUCUUAUGUUUCAGUAGAGCCAGUAGCUACUGCUACACGGUAUACGAAACACAAAAAAGAUAAAACUGAUAUACCAUGUCCGAGUAUUGUAAAACAGUAUAACCGCCACAUGGGUGGAGUUGACCUUAUGGAUAUGUUAGUUUCACUUUACAGAACUCGGCUGAAGACUCGUCGGUGGUAUUUAUCUAUUUUUGCUCAAAUGAUAGAUUUAUGCAUGAAUAAUGCUGGGCUUCUUUACCGUCGAGAAACUAAGCUGACGUAUGCAGAAUCAGGGGGCAACGUGGAAAACAUCAGUCUGAAAGAAUUCAGAUACUAUGUCUCGAAAUCAUUGAGAAUGAAAAGAAGAUAA